CCCCCCUCUUUGCCCCCAAUAGGUGUAGUUCAUGCGCCACCGCUAUAAAUUUUUACGAUCAAACAUUCCAUCUCACCCCUUCAUACACUCCCAGAAUGGGCCAUUAGUUCUGUUGAGUGACUUGUAAUUUCUGUCAACAACUCUGAAAAAGAAAUGGGUCAGAAUCAAUCGGGAGCUGGAGGCACAGGAGGUGAUAAAAAAGAUGACAAAGACAAGAAGAAGAAGUACGAGCCACCGAUUCCCACUCGGGUGGGAAAAAAGAAGCGCCGAACAAAAGGUCCAGAUGUAGCUCUAAAGCUGCCACAAGUGACUCCACACACGAGAUGCAGAUUGAAGCUCCUAAAGUUGGAAAGAAUAAAGGACUAUCUGCUCAUGGAAGAGGAGUUCAUCAGGAACCAGGAGAGACUCAAGCCCCAGGAGGAGAAGAACGAGGAGGAGAGGUCCAAAGUCGACGAUCUGAGGGGCACUCCCAUGUCUGUGGGAACUCUUGAGGAAAUUAUCGAUGACAAUCAUGCUAUUGUCUCAACGUCUGUUGGAUCUGAACAUUAUGUAUCCAUUCUAUCGUUCGUGGAUAAGGAUCAACUAGAACCUGGAUGCUCUGUUCUACUGAAUCACAAGGUUCAUGCUGUUGUAGGAGUUCUUGGCGAUGACACCGAUCCGAUGGUUACGGUUAUGAAGCUGGAAAAGGCACCUCAAGAAACUUACGCUGAUAUUGGAGGACUUGAUACGCAGAUUCAAGAAAUAAAAGAGUCAGUGGAACUCCCCCUAACGCAUCCCGAAUACUACGAGGAGAUGGGCAUAAAACCCCCCAAAGGAGUGAUUCUCUACGGCCCCCCUGGCACAGGAAAAACUCUCCUAGCGAAGGCAGUAGCCAAUCAGACUUCAGCGACUUUCCUCCGAGUCGUUGGAUCCGAACUCAUUCAAAAAUACCUCGGAGACGGACCAAAACUGGUUCGAGAGCUGUUCAGAGUCGCUGAAGAACAUGCACCCUCUAUCGUUUUCAUUGAUGAAAUCGAUGCUGUUGGAACAAAACGAUAUGACAGCAAUUCCGGGGGUGAAAGGGAGAUCCAGAGAACUAUGCUUGAACUUUUGAAUCAACUGGAUGGAUUCGACAGUCGUGGAGAUGUAAAAGUAGUGAUGGCAACAAAUAGAAUCGAGACCCUGGACCCAGCCCUCAUCCGUCCGGGUCGUAUUGAUCGUAAAAUUGAAUUUCCACUGCCCGAUGAAAAGACAAAACGUCGAAUCUUCAGCAUUCACACGAGUAGAAUGACCCUGGCACCAGAUGUGAAUCUCGGGGAGCUAAUAAUGUCGAAGGAUGACCUCUCCGGUGCUGACAUCAAAGCAAUAUGCACUGAAGCUGGACUUAUGGCGCUCAGGGAACGUCGUAUGAAAGUAACGAGUGAUGAUUUCAAGAAAUCUAAGGAGAGCGUACUCUAUAGGAAGAAAGAGGGCUCACCCGAAGGCCUCUACUUGUAAAAUCCUAGAUCAUUUAAUUCUCAAAAAAUCAUCAUUCGAUUUUUAUUCUCCCUUUCAAUUAUUCAUUAUGUGAACCAUGCGUAUUCGCACGUUUAAUAAAAUGAAAAGAAUUGAUUAUUCUAA